AACACUAUAUGACUGUCAACAAGCAAGGAUGGUGCUGUGUGCAGUGAGGCGACAGCUCCUUAGGAGUGGCAGCAGCCGUGGAGACUGGGCGAGGCUGCUGCAGAGACAGAGCAGUGGUUGUGUGCACUCCAGCGUCCAUAGCUUCAACCAGGAGGAGAUCAGAGAGAAGCUGUCGGCUUUUCCUGGAGGCUCCAUCGACCUGCUCAAACAGGAGUGUGGUGUUGCCGUGCUGACCAUCAACUACCCCUCCCGCAUGAACGCCUUCUCUGGCAGUAUGAUGAUCGAUCUGGAGGAGAGGGUGAGCCAGCUGGAGAGCUGGACAGACGGUAAAGGCCUCAUUGUUCAGGGUGCUGCUGGAACGUUCUGCUCUGGAUCGGACCUCAACGCCGUCAGAGCGAUAUCUAACCCACAGGAUGGCAUGAAGAUGUGCAUGUUCAUGCAGAAUUCUCUUACAAGACUACUCAGGCUGCCUCUCAUCUCUGUGGCUCUGGUGGAGGGGAGAGCGCUGGGAGGAGGUGCAGAACUCACCACUGCCUGCGAUUUCAGGUUGAUGGCAUCUGGCAGUGUGAUCCAGUUUGUCCAUAAACACAUGGGCUUGGUCCCAGGCUGGGGUGGAGCUGCUCGACUUGUCCGCAUUGUCGGAAGCCAGAAUGCAUUGAAGCUGCUUGGUGGUGCUCUAAAAGUGGAUCCCGAACUUGGCCUGCAGAUUGGACUUGCAGAUGGAGUCCUGGAGGCCGCCCCGGCAGAGGAGGGUGCAGAGACGCUCCUACAGCGGGCUGAAAACUGGCUCAGUCACUAUACGAAAGGACCGGCCCCGGUGAUCCAGGCUGUGAAGAAUGUGGUGUUAUCAGGGAGAGAGCUCCCUCUAUCAGAGGCUCUGCGGACUGAGAAGGAUGUGUUUGGGACAGUGUGGGGCGGUCCAGCUAACCUGCAGGCUCUAGCCAGUAAAUCCAAACACAGAUGAGUGUCUGUGUUCACCUUCCUAAGAACCCUGUCAGGUCAGAUAAGUCGUUCAGCUGAGACAUUGUUGGAAAAUUGUGUCGUAGUCAAAAAUGCGUGGAAGAAACUUCUACAGACUGACAUCAGUAAGUGUUAGUUGUUUGGUGUGCUGAAGACAUUUACAAGUGCUUUUGAUGUAAUAUAAGCUGAAUGUGGUGUGUCUAAAGUGUGGACUCUGAGAUGAUGAAAGGGUUUCUGUGUUUGCAAUGACUU